AUGUUGUUCAAAUCCGCCUACCCAGAUAUAGAAGUGCCCUCGGACGUCACCCUCUGGCAAUGGCUCUUUGAAGGCCCCUCCCCGGCCGCCGGCUGCUCCUCCCAACCCGCCCUCACCGUCCCCUCCUCCCCGCGCGCCUACAUCAACACCCAGACCGGCGCGACCCUCACCCACGCGCAGGUCCGCGACGCCGCCGCCGCCCUCUCUGCCGCGCUCCUCCGCCGCAUCUCCCCCGGCGACGUCGUCGCCGUCAUCUCCCCCAACGCCGCCACCUACCCGGUCUGCGUGCACGGCGUGAUCCGCGCCGGCGGCGUGCCGGCCGUGACCUCGCCCGCGGGCAGCGAGGCCGAGCUGCGGCACGCCCUGCGCACCGUGCGCGCCCGCCUCGUCAUGUGCGCGCCCGAGGUGCUCCCGGUAGUCCGCGCGGCGGCGAGGGCCGAAGGGCUGGGCGAGGGGAGGGUGGUGGUGUUCGCGGACGGGGAUGAUCGCGUGGAGGGCCUCGUGUCGCUGAGUCAGUUGGUAGAGGAGGGCAGGAGGUCCGGGGAGGUGCCGCCGGCGGUGGGACUGCCGAGGGGACGGACGAGCGCGGAGGAGACGGCGUUUCUGUGCUUCAGUAGCGGCACCACGGGCCUUCCGAAAGCACCACACGGCCCUUGGUCUCCUGCCCUUCUACCACAGCAAGUCCCCCGAACCUCCGUAUACCCUCAAAACUCCCCCUUCAUCCGCGCCCUCGUGCACUGCCUCGUCAGCCACACCUCCAUCGCCGUCGUCCCGCGCUUCACCAUGCCAGCCCUGCUCAGCGCCAUCAGCACCCACCGCAUCGCCGAGGUCAACCUCGUGCCGCCCAUCCUCAUCCGCCUCGCCCAGGAGCCCGCCGCCGCCCUCGCCGCUUACGACCUCUCCUGCGUCGAGCGCUGGGCCACCGGCGCGGCGCCGGUCAGCCCGGAGGUGCUCGCCCGGCUGGCGCGCCGCUUCCCGGGCACCGGCUUCAAGCAGGGCUACGGCAUGACGGAGACGACGGCAUGCGUGUCGACGCACCCGCCGCACCUGUACGACUUUAAGCACGGGCGGUCCGUGGGGACGCUGGUCGCGGGGACGGUGGUCAGAGUUGUUGAUGAGGACGGCGUGGCGGUGGGCGUCGGUCAGCGCGGAGAGAUUCGAGUAAAGGGGCCCCAGAUCUUCCCGGGGUACCUGCACGACCCAGAGUCCACGGCGGCCGCCUUUGACGAGGACGGCUUCCUGCGCACCGGCGACGAGGGCUCCGUUGCGGCCGACGGCCAGAUCACCAUCCACGACCGCAUCAAGGAGAUGAUCAAGGUCAAGGGCGCGCAGGUCGCCCCCGCGGAGCUCGAGGACCUGCUGCUCGGCCACCCGCGCGUCGCUGACGCCGCCGUCAUCGGCGUCCCGGACGACUACGCCGGCGAGCGGCCCUUUGCGUUUGUCGCGCUGCGCCCGGGAGGAACGGAUAGCGGCAAGGCGGAGGAGGAGCUGAUGGGGUAUGUCCGGGGGGCCCGCGCGAGGAGCAAGUGGCUGGUCGGCGUGCGCGUGGUCGAGGCCAUACCGAAGAGCCCGAGUGGGAAGAUACUGAGGCGCGUCCUGCGGGAGCAGUACAAGAGGGAAGCGGCGCAAGCGCCGAGCGCGAAACUAUAG